AUGGAUUUAGUAGAGCAGACUCCUUCCAUCUCAUCAUCCACCAGAUCAAGUUAUGACAACUCCUUAAGAAGCUCCAACAAGAAUGCUAAUGAUGACGUGAGUCUUGUCAGGGAACAAGCUAAUAACUCGAAAAAUGAAUUAUCUUGGUUUGAAGGUGAGAUAGACAUUACAGAAUGCCCAAAUGUUGUAUGGGUAACAAAUUUUGAGAGUAGCAACAACAACAGCAACAAUGUAACGGAAUAUCAGCAUCAGCAGAACAUCAAAGGAAGCCUUCUACUUACAAACUUCAGAUUGAGAUUUCUGCCAGAUGCUAUUGAAGUCAAUGACAACAUAAGAAACGUGAUAACCGAUUAUGACGUCAUACUAUACAACAUAGAUGUUGUUUAUAAAAAUUACAAUUUGGAAUCAUAUUGGAAUAACUUGCUGAAGAAGUAUGAAGAAACUCAGUACAAAGUCGUAACAUGCAAUGAAUCUUUCCAUGUAGCUGAGAGAACAGCCCUGCUGCGCGUCUCCUACAGGAGCCCUGGCGUUGAGGACAAUGCAGAAGAGAAAAUAUUCAAUAGCAUAAGACAAAGUCAUCCGUCGCGGGAGUUCCCGCGUCUAUUCGACCUCAUCAGCUACCUUCCGUCCACCGAUGAUAUCCGGACAGCCUACACUGCUCUCAAGCAGAUAUGUUUGUACGACUCAACAACGCCGAUGUCAUUUGUGCUCGCUCAAGAUGGAAGGUGGUUCUCACAGUUGGAACUGACCAAAUGGCUGGACAUUGUUAGCAAGUGUUUGUUACUCGCGAAAGAUGUCGCAAACAUAAUGUCCAGUAAGAAGUUAUCUGUAGUACUAAAAGAGUAUACCUCGAAUGAUUUGUCACCCCUCAUAUCAAGUCUCGUGCAACUGAUGCUUGAUGAAGAGUGUCGUACCAUUUCAGGCUUUCAGGGUGUGGUCAAGAAGGAAUGGAUCGCCAUGGGGUUUAAAUUUGUUUCCAGGAGCAGUUCGAAGUACUUUUCCUACUCAAAUAAUUGCCAACAGAGUCCAAUUUUCGUGUUAUUCCUUGAUUGCGUCCACCAAAUGUUAUCCUUAAGACCGUCAUCUUUCCAAUUCAACGACAACUAUCUGCUCGAAGUAUGGAGCGCCGUCUGCUGUGGCUACUUCAGGGACUUUUUAUUCGAUUCACCAAAAGAUUCCUACUACAGUUUAUUAAAAUGCCAGAUAGAUCUCUCAAGAAACAACUUGAAUGGCAGUCGAAUGCAUAGGAAGAACAACGUGGGAAGCAGUCCUGCUGCCACGCUUUCGAGGAGGGGCGAGUUGGAUCUUGGUGUUGAUGGAACCUUGAUGAGGAAAAGUCAGUUGGAUUUCACAGUUUUUAAGAAGCAAAUGAAAAAAUCUGAUAACAAGUUAUCCGUUCAGAGUCAGAGCAUGUUUAGCCCAAGUUAUCUAGCGCUAACUGAUGUCGAUUCGUACACGUUGAAGUCCAGCCGAUCUCAGCUGUCCAAAUUCAGUAUGAUGUCACUGAACAGCACCAGGUCCUACUCAACAAACUCAACACCAUUCUCUAAGAAGCAACAAAUUUCUCAGUCGAAUCAACUCGGCGAACACUCGUAUUCACCAGACCUCAACAACUUGCGAACUCUUAAAAAAUCUAGUUUCUCACAACAAAAGUUGAACGGUAAUUAUCAGCGUGACGACCAACCAAAUGCUUCGUACGACAAUCCAUGGAUUGAUUUGAUUGGUCAGAUAAGCAAGGAAGGAACCUUCCAACUGUUUGAUUGGCCACCCGUUUUCGAUCCUAGCAAAAUAAAAUUUCAAAAUAUUAAUUAUAAAGCUAAACUUGACUUAAAAUUGUCUGCAAAUUCUAGCGACAAUGGUACGUUGAAAGCGCCUAGUUCGGGGUCAAACAACGUCUCAAAGAGCAAACCUCCGCAAAAUGUUCAACAUCAAAAAUCUGCCAUCAUAUUAAAUGGCCAGAAAAUUUACAGCUACUCAAGUCUCUGUCAGAACAUCACGUCACCCGUUUUUGAGUUUUCGUCCAUUAGUUUCAGCGUUCCAUUUAUUAAGUUCUGGUCGGAAUGCUACUUACAAUUCCAUCCAAUCAGUAGCAACUUCUUGCUUGCCAGGGGGGGUUGUACGGCCCUCCCUCAAAAUCAGUUGGACAUUUAUUCUGACACCUAUGGAGUAUUUUAUGAAUUGUUACAGGGCAUUAUGAAUGUUGAGAAGUGCCUUGAAAAUGCUCUAUGA